GAGUGCGUGGUAUAGUGUGUGACUGUGUGUGUUUUCAAUGUUUUGACAUUUUUCUUUGUUUGCAGGGUUUGCAGUCUCAAGUGAUGUGAUUUAAUAUAGUUUAAUUUAACUUUUUUGAAAUAAAUGCAAAUAUGGUAUUAGUUUGUUUAUUUUGUGGGAAAAAGGAAGCGAAAGGUGUUUCUUUUCACAAGUUCCCAAGACGAACGGAAUUAUGUCAAAUGUGGAUUAAAAAUAUGGGAUUUGAUGAGAAUUUUGAAAUAACAGCACACAAUAGAUUAUGUUCCGAUCACUUUAAUGAAACCUGUUUCACAAAAGAGACUAAUGAAAGAGAGAGAAUACACUCCGAAAGCAUACCAACAAAAUUUGGAAGAUAUUACUUACAAUGCAUUUGUUGUAGUAAUGUUAAAAGGAUAGGAUGCAAUAUUAUUUUUCGCAAAUUCCCUUUUAAAAAUAGAAAUCUUUUAAAAAUAUGGAUCGAAAAAAUAGGAUUAGAAAACUUUUGUCCAAAUGAAAGAAGUCUUAUUUGUGAUGAACAUUUUACAGAACAUUGUUUUUACAAACGCAAAGAAGGUGGCCUCAUAUUAAAAUCGAAUGCUUUUCCAACUUUAUUUUCAUCAAAUAUGCUAAAUGAUUCUUCCUGCUCGAAUGAAGCUAUUCAACUAAACACUGAAAAUACUUCAAUGGAAGUAGAUUCGACGAAUGAGAAUAAAAAGACAGAAGAAUUAACCAAUGAAUCUUCUUCUUCAUUUGAGAACAGGCAGAAUCCUAAACUUUUGAAAUCAAAUACAGAUUCACCGCUUGAAUCGACAUCAAUUUUGGAAAAUGAACAGAUUGUUGCAGGACCAACAACUCCAGAAAAAAAUAGUUGCCUCAGUCAUGACCAUCAUUAUCACUCCAGUCCAAAAGGUUUAAUGGAAAAAUAUACUGGAAUGCGAGAAAAGCUACAGAAAAGUAUGAAAACUACAUAUCAACAGAAACAAGUUAUUAAACGUCUGCAGAAGAAAGUUUCUACUCUCAGUUCCAUACUACUUCAGGUUACUCCAAAUAUAGAAGCAUUUCUUGAAGAUGAAGUUUGAAAACAAUUUACAGAAAAUUUGUAUAUAAAUUCUAUAUGUAUAUUAAUAAAUAAUAUAAUAUUUUAAUGUUAUUAAAAGUCAAUUUUCAUAUUGAA